GAGUACGCUGACAUCUUUGGGCCCCCGCAACAUCAUCACGGUGUUGCAGGGGAUGCUGCCCCAGCUGGCCAACACCACCUUCUAUUUUUCAGCAGCAGACUUCCCCGCUGUGGACGGGCUCGUGGCCCUUACGAUCGACGACGGCAUUUGUCGAGGCGGCAACUGGUCAGCCUCACUUCUUCCAGAGGUGCUGGAGCUGCUGGCCGGCAGCUCUGCCAAAGCCACCUUCUUCCUGAGCUCCCACUACGUUCGGCCAAAAGACCUCAGGAGGCUGGCCUCUCACGGACACGAGCUGGCGAACCACAUGCCCGAGGACAGAGAAUAUGCCUCAUGGCCAGUCGAAGAGUUCCGGGAAGCCCUGGAUGAGACGGACGCAGUGCUGCGACCAUUUAUGCGAGCGGAUGCACGCCAUUGGUUCCGUGCCCCCCAGGCGUGGCUUACAUCUGACAUGGCCGUCGUUUUGCAGGCCAGAAAUAUGUCCCACGCCCUCGGAGACUGCUAUGCCGACGACUGGGCCAUCCCUGAUGCCUUCCGGGUGGCCUCAGUUCUCCUGCGCCAGGUUCAGUCUGGAUCGGUGGCGGUCCUUCACAUGCCGCAGCGGGGCUUCAGACAGCACACCUUGGAGGUCCUGCGGCAUUUCCUCCAGGGCCUGGCGCAGCGUCAGCUGCGAGCAGUGACGCUCAGCCAGCUUGCCGAUGCCGCGCUGCUUGGGCAGAAGCCAGCCACAGGUGGUGCAGAGGACAAUGAGGGCCAGUUCAGCCAGUCGAACCACCACGGGAUUGGCGUCCUCCUGGCCCUACUUGCUACGUCCUUCCUGUGCUGGCCACAGCAACCGCGACGACUUUUGACUUUGUCGCUCUCAUGGUCCUCGUCUCCGUUGGAUGCCGGUUGGGUAACUGCGGAGAACCCAGAGGAGGACUUCAAUAGGUGGAUGUCCAACGCAGGCUUAGCGGCAGCUUCUCAACAGGGCCCUGUAUCGCUCCGGGAUCGUUUGGCACUCCGCGUCUUGGCCUUUGCUGUAGAUGUGCUGCCGCCCUCUGUGCUGCAGGACUACGAGGAUGAGCUCUCACAGGUCAGUGGAAUCGACUUGGCUGCCAAGCGCGCCUGGACCGGAAUAAGCGAGCCCGAGCCAGAACAGUGCUGUGCAUUCUUUAUCCGAGUCUUCCAGCCGAUAUGCUUGAUUUUAUGCGAGAGCCCUCUGACACAAUCGGAGGAGAUGAUCAAGGAGGCUUUGGCCCAGCAGGCAAGCUCUGGCGAGCCCUUAGCGUCCUCGGGUGGCUACAGCUACUGGGGCUUCCUGCCGAAGUUUGUGGAUCGCGUCUUUCCCAACAGAACGACUGUGACUUGGUCGUCGCGCUGCUGGCAGCAGAUCACCGCAUCGACGGUGAAGUCAAAUGGCGGCUGGGUCUUGCAGGUGAAGGUGUCGAAAGCCAAGCAUGUGCUGUGCAACGAGAUUUUUGGCUUCUUCACUGGCGCACACUUCCGUGUCGGAUCAUUCCCGGCACCCAUCGGAGGGACCAAGACCUUCACCUUCGACAGUGAAAAGUUGACAGAGAGCCAGAUUUGGGACGUGGACACCCUCGGCAUCCGGGUGUUUACCUUCCAGGAAAAUCCAUUGGCAACCGUCAGGAACAUCUUGGAGACUGCACUCCUUUUCGUGCCGGAUCAAACACGAGGUGUCGAGUCCUACUUCGCCAAGCGGAACGUAGAGUUCCUCCGGAACUAUGUGGGUGCAAGCCUGAAGCCUCGGAAGGAUCCGGGAGGUUUACUGCUCAAUGCAUCAGACAUCCGCUCUGGGGACUUCCUGGGGGUUCUGCGGCUGGAUGGCUUGGAUCCGAUGCUGGCCUGGGGUAUGGGCUCGCACACUGGACACACAGCCGUGGCCAUCUGGGAGCAUGGGCAGCUGUAUGUGGCAGAGAGCACCAUCAACAGCUCCUACUGGCCCACGAAUGGUAUCCAGCGCACGCCUUACCAACAGUGGAUAGAGCAGGCACGUGCAGCAGGUUAUUCCACAGUGCACGCGCCUUUGAAGGAGGAGUAUCGCAGCACCUUUGACGAGAGUGCGGCCAACGCAUUCUUCCACAAGUACGAAGGUCUGGAGUAUGGCUACCACGCAAUGCUGACAGGAUGGAUCGAUACCCUCAGGAACAACUAUCCGUGCAAGCCGCCCUAUGACACUCCGGAGUAUGAGAAGCAGUGCCUCACUUGGGAGUUCAUUGAGGUCGCCGUCCCAAUCAUCACACGGUACAUCCCCACGCUCGAGAAGCCCUUCCUGCUCACCUGGAAUCAGCACGUGACCGGAUCUUCCUUCAGCAAUCUCUCGGCCACGGCGCUGUACCGUGAAGCCAGGUCCAAGGGGAUGGAGUUGGGAAAGAUCCCGGCGGUGCCCGAGCCGGAUGGAAUCCUCUAUCCCUCGGUCUUCAACAAUGGGACCCGGGCAGCCUCCAUUGCCAUGGUUUGCGACGUCUUCGUUUGUUCCAUGUGGAAAGCUGGAGGAGUUUUCAAGGCGAUUGACAACGACUUCAGUUGUAUCGAGCAAACGAACGUUGAUGUCUACGAUCUCAACGUCUUAGAGGCCCCAUCGGCCCGGAAAGAUACCUGCGUGCACGCAGACCCGGAGAACCCGCUCUGCCAGUUGACUGGCGUCUACGGGCUCGAGCUGCCAAAGUUGGGCACGCGGCCCAUGUACAGGCACAUGUGCCUGGGCAACCUUGAUCCUGGUGUCCUUUAA